UUUUUUAACGUGCAUAAUGAUAUUUGGGAUGUCAUGCAAGGUGUCUUUGUGGACUGGAUCAAUUUCAAAGUGAAGGAAAAUGUGGACAUCAUUAUUCAUUUGGAUUCCGCACUUCAUCAUUCUAACAAUACGUGUAGAUGGCACCAAGGUUCUGCAACAGAGACGGAGCUCCUCAGUGACGAGACCGUGUCCGGCAGGUUGCGCAUUGUGCUCUGCCCUGAAUGGCUGUCUCUCCUGUAAACCUCGCCUAUUCUUCCACCUGGAGUUGGACGGGAUGAGGCAGAGGGGCACCUGUCUGUCCACCUGUCCCCGAGGCCACUACGGAAGCCGCUCACCGCGCAUCAACACCUGUAACAGGUGCAAAGAGGACUGCGCGUUCUGCUUCAGCAAACAUUUCUGCACUCGUUGUCGCCCGGGCCACUUUCUGUUUCAAGGCAAAUGUGAAAAUAGCUGUCCGAAAGGGCUGACGGCAAACAGUGUACUGCAAGAAUGCACAGAGUGCCCCAUUGGCUGUGAGGUGUGUGUGAGGAGGAACAUGUGUGCGAGGUGUCAAGCACAUCUGUAUGCUCUCCAUGGGAGGUGCCACCUCACCUGCCCGACUGGAACUGAGCCUGAUGUGCAGCUGAUGCAGUGCAUCCCCCAAGUGAACUGUGAGGUUGGUGAGUGGACGGAAUGGGGUCCAUGUGUUCGGAAAACAGGCCUGCAGGCUUACAAGAAGGGAGAGGAGACGCGCAGCAGACAAGUCCCACAAGCCCCAACUGUCUACGGUAAUGUGACAGAGAUCAGGAGGCGUGUGAUCAAAAAGAGACACAGCCCCAUAGAAACACAUUUCUGACAUUACAGAGCUAUUGAACUUUCAUUGCACUAUACAAGUCAAUUUGAACUGACACUUUUAUCGAAAGAAUAAAGUGUA